AUCAAACUUUGUAUGAAAUUUUAUGUAAACUUUGAUCGCAAAUAUCUCGAAAACGGCAUCAAACGGCAUGUCCUCAUGUCAAGUAAAAGAAGAAUUACAAUUCACUUUUGAAAAAUUCAAUUCUUCUGGAGAAUCGCCCAAAGCUUACACGGUAAACAAAGAUUUAAUUUAAUUAAAUGUAUAUCCAAUAGAACAAUGGCAUACACAUUUGAUGUAUGUCGAAUCUGCUUGUCAAACAACCGUAAAGGUAAAUUUAUUUCCUUAAAUAAGCCAGAAAACGCUGUCUUAUUAGAAAAUUUCUACAAAUGCUUUGGUUCAAAGCUUUCUAAGGAUCGUAAAAAGCACAUAUUAAUGUGUAAAAUAUGUAUCCUGACAAUGAACAAAUUCUCGAAAGUUGUAGAAAACGUACAGCAGCAUAACAAACUUUAUGCAAACAUUUGUAUAUUCAAAAAUGAACAAAACCGAAAAUAAUUUAGCCUAGAUGUGUUUAUAUCGAUCAAUCUGACUGUGUAUAAUUCAUGUAUAGUUUUAAUUAAUAAAAUAGCAACUUUGACAUUAAUAAGCAUGCAAUUUUAAGGAUAAGAUUUUCUUCUAAUGAAUCUAACAGCAGUCAUUUCACGAACUGUUUUCUGUCCCACAAAUCUUUU